AUGGCGCCCAAGAAAGCCACCAAGUCCAAAGUCCCGGUGCAGCCCGUUCCUGAAAAGCGUGGCUAUGAAUUUUGCGGACCUAUAGGAGCCUUCGCAAUCGUCUUUGGACUUCCAGUUCUCGUCUACAUCUUUGCCUUCGUGUGUAAUGAUGUCACUGGAUGUCCUGCGCCCUCCCUUUUGAAUCCCUCGACGCUCUCACUCGACCAACUCAAGCGCGAAGUCGGAUGGCCCGAGGAAGGAUUAAAAGGACUCUUCGAUAUCAAUGUGACGCUGUGGACUCUCAGCUACUAUGCCUUCAGCCUCUUCAUGCAGAUAUUUCUUCCUGGCCAGGAGGCGGAGGGUGUUUUUUUGGCCUGUGGAGGGAGACACAAGUACAAGUUCAAUGCGUUCCCUUCCGCCCUUAUCAUUCUCUCGAGCUUGGCUGCGGGGACCUACAUGCAUGGAGCGGAUUUCGUGGUGUGGACCUUUUUGUGGGACAACUACAUCCAGGUCAUCUCGGCGAACCUUUUGAUUUCCUCAUCAAUUGCGCUGUUUGUAUACCUCAAGAGUUUCACCGUCCCUGAGCCUGGAAAGCUCAAUCCGGAACUCCGUGAGCUUGCUCCAGGUGGCCAUAGUGGAAACCCUCUCUAUGACUUUUUUAUCGGCCGUGAGCUCAACCCUCGUGUUCGCCUACCUAUCCCAUUUGUCAGUGAGGCAUCCCGUACCAUUGACAUCAAAGUAUUCAUGGAGAUGCGUCCUGGCUUGCUCGGAUGGACGAUCCUAAACCUGUCCAACGUGGCUCAUCAAUACAAGACCCAUGGCUAUGUGACGGAUUCGAUUAUUAUUGUCACUGUCUUCCAGGGUUUUUACAUUCUGGAUGCAUUAUACAUGGAGCCUGCUAUCAUGACCACAAUGGAUGUGAUUAUGGACGGGUUUGGCUUCAUGCUGUCCUUCGGUGAUGUGGUCUGGGUUCCUCAUAUCUACAGCAUUCAGAGCCGCUAUCUCUCGGUUUUCCCUCUUCAGUUGGGUUGGUCUGGCAUAACGCUCGUGCUAGGUGUCACUGCCAUUGGUUACUCGAUUUUUCGUGGUGCAAACAACCAAAAGAACCGCUUCCGGACGGACCCCAACGAUCCCCGUGUGAGACAUGUCAAAUACAUCGAGACUGCCGCUGGUUCAAAACUGAUGAUCUCCGGGUGGUGGGGCCUAGCCCGGCAUAUCAACUAUCUCGGCGACUGGGUCAUGGCAUGGGCGUACUGUCUGCCCACUGGUAUUGCGGGCUACGCUAUUAUUGAAAGCAUCAACCCGGCCAGUGGCGCUCUUGAGAAGCAAGCCGUGCAGACCUCAGAGAGUCGUGGCUGGGGUAUGGUUCUCACCUACUUUUACAUACUCUACUUCGGAAUUCUGUUGAUUCACCGUGAGCUGCGCGAUGAGGAGAAGUGCAAGAAGAAAUAUGGCGCUGAUUGGGCUCGCUACACCUCAAUCGUGCGGAGUCGUAUUAUCCCAGGUAUCUAUUAA